AUGAAAUUUAUACUUAGGUCUAGAGGAGCAGCAAGCCUAUUUUACCAGCAAACCCUAGGAAAUACCGAUUGGCGACGGGCGGCGUUCAUCGGGGACAUCAUGCUGUCAGCUUUCCGAGUUCGAUUUUUGUCUUCUUCAUCUUUUACCGUCACUAAGCAGUGGAAAAACCUCGCCCCUUCUUCUUCUUCUUCUUCUUCUUCUUCGACCUUCACUCGCUGGUUAUCUUCGUUCCCCCUAAAUUCCAAUGGAACUGAAAACGGCAUCGAGAAGAAGAAAGAGCUCCUGAGUUUGGAGGAAGUUCAGAAAGUUCUCAACGACAUCAGAGCUGAUGACGUGAAAGUUGUUCCUGCUCCCAGUGGGUGUGAAUUUACCGAUUACAUGGUCGUCGCCACUGGUCGAUCUCCAUGGCACGUGCGCAACAUUUGUCGAGCCCUCCUUUACAAGGCAGAACAAACGGUUAAGCAGAAGCAGAAAGGAGCAAAGAGAAUGAUACUACCCGCUGUCGUUGGUGAAGGAGGAGGGAAAUGGGCUGUCAUAGACGCUGGUACUCUGAUUGUUCAUGCUGUCGAUGAGAAUGCAAGAGCUUAUUACAACUUUGAGGGACUUUGGAGCUCAGGCACACCAGACAUUGAAAACACUCAGGACUUGGAAAAUGCAUUUGUCAAGGUCCGCAGGAAGAAUAACUCCAAGAAACCUUCACAAGCACGUACUUAACAUAUUAUCCUUCUCCCAAGUAAAUGCUAUCGGGCUUUGGUAGGACGGUUUGUGUUUCCUAAGUUGCCUUGAUGAAAUUGUGAUCUUUCUGUCUAAUAUUUUUUCAGUGAGGAUUGCUUUAUUUUAAUUAUCGCANCAUGA